AUGUCUUGCGCAACAAUUCCAUCACAUCCAUCAACAUAUCACUUUACCGUACGCAGCACCGCAAACCCUCGAAGCAACAUCCGGAAGCAAUUCGAAGUAGGACAAAUUGCAAGAUCCUCACCGACAAGGAGAGCAUUCUCGGUAACCCCAGCUGCUGCGCAUGGUGACUGGUCGCCGCCAAAGCCGGGAGAAGAGCUCUAUGUAACGUUUAUCGACAAAGAGGGCGAUGAGCACAAGAUUGCAGUGUCGAAGGGGGACAAUCUCUUAGAUGUUGCUCAGGCAAAUGAUAUCGAGAUGGAAGGCGCCUGUGGAGGCUCCUGUGCAUGCUCUACGUGCCAUGUGAUAGUCGAGGACGAGGAAAUGUACGAUAAGAUGCCCGAGCCUGACGACGACGAGAACGAUAUGCUGGAUCUAGCGUUCGGUUUGACCGAAACAUCGAGACUGGGUUGCCAGGUUAUCAUGGACGAGUCACUGGAUGGAUUACGAGUGAAGCUUCCCUCGAUGACGAGAAAUAUGCAGGCGAGCGAUUUCGGCCAGAAAAACUAA